AUGGUCAGCAAGGCCCCAAACAUAAGGACACCCAAGGCUGCAAAACAGACAAAGCCGGGUCUGUGCUUUUACCAUGUUCGCUUUGGGGCUCAGAACAGCUCCACGAAGAAGACAUGCAGUUGUCCGCAGCUGCGUUGGUAUACGGGCAACCAUUAUGAGUGCCAGUAUAGACAAAGCGAACCAUCAGAUAAAGCCAACGAAGAGUCCAAUGAGAACUAUGCCAAACCUGAAAAUCCUGUCCCAGAACAAUCAUCGUCAAAAAAUAACGUAUUAAUCACUGAAAUGCUGGCAUCUCUGUCCAUAUUAGAGGAGGCAGAAGCCUCUCUGUUUGAAAAGCACCCAAUCAAUCAAAGUUAUCAUGCUAAAGUAUUCGCUGGAUUAAGUGAUAUUCUUGAGGGUUACUACAGAGAGUGUCAGAAAGCAAAAGACUUGUUCUCUCACAAACGGUUGGUAAGUCUCUUUUCAAACAUCGGGGACAUCUACAAAAUGCACAAGAGAUUGCUGUCCAGUAUGGAGAGGAGGUACAAUCCACAGCAACCCCACUUGAGUGAAUUUGGUGCCUGUUUCAUUGAGCAAAAGAAAGGCUUCAUGAUGUAUGUGACAUACUGCACAAGUCACAUGAAAGCACUUGAGGAAUGGACUAAACUCACAAUGGUGGAGAAAUAUGCUCACUUCUUUGAGGUUUGUCGAAUGCAUCAACAGAUGAUCAACCUGCCACUUGAUGGUCUGCUGAUUAUGCCAGUGCAGAAGAUCUGUAAAUAUCCAUUAUUGCUAAAGGAGCUGCUGAAAGUCACCCAACCUUCUCACCCGGAUUAUUCAAAUGUGAAAGAAGCUGUGGUUGCCAUGAGGGAAGUUCUUGAUGCGAUUAAUGCUGAGAAAGGAGAAGACCAAGAAGAUAAAUUAACAAAGUUUCAGAAAUCCGUUUUAAAUUGGAAGGGUGAGGACCUUAAACUCCGAAGCACAGAAUUGAUUCAUCGUGGUGAUCUAGUUGUGGUUAGUGAACCAGGUGCCAGGGCAAAGAACUAUAUGGCUUACCUAUUUGACCAUCAGAUGAUUUUAUGCAAAAAGGAUCUGAUACGCCGUAACGUACUUUACUACAAAGAAAGAAUUUUCUUAGAAACCUGCCUGGUGACUGAAGUGGGUGAUGGAAAUGACAUGGAAUUUGACUGCAAAGUUAAAUAUGCUUUCAAGCUCAGAAGCAAGUUUUUUGAAGAGCGGUGUAGACUCAUGUUUGCAAAAAGUCUCGCAGACAAACAGUUAUGGCUGCAUGCCUUUGAGAAGGAGAGAAAUAUUGCUUCAGGCAAUAAAGUACCAGAUAAAAGGACGGAUGUUGAUCUAGGACUGGAGGACAGCUUCUAUGACUUAAGAUCACCAAACGUUUCAACUGGCCCGCAAGAACAGUUCGCUUUCUUAUUUCAGCGCAAGCACAGGAAAUCAGGGUACAAGUUCAAUCCAAAAAUCUUGUGAUGAAAACAUGACCAUGCUAAUUGAGGGAAUUAGUUGCACGGCCAGAAAUUUAUGUACCUUGCAGCACAGACCACACUUCCACUUGACAACUGGAAUCUCAGAAGGAAGUGGGAUCAUGCUUUGUAACUACUGCGCUGCUGAGUGUUGCAGAUUCAUCUGUUCAAAGGAAAUUUCUUUAGAGAAUAUAAAUUUUUAUUGGGCUCUCGAUCGUUUGUAUUUUACAGUGUCAUCAUCAGGAAACAACAAAAUUGCUAUAAAC